AUGGGUUCCUGGCAAGGAAAUAAAGAUUGCUAUGCUUUGGUUCUUCUCAUUGUCGUUUCAUUCUACAUAGCUCAUGCAGAUGGUGAAAAGAUAGGAGUAUGCUAUGGAAUGCUUUCAGACAGUUUGCCUUAUCACAAUGAGGUGGUGAAUCUGAUGCAGUCAAACAACAUAGGAAAGGUGAGAUUAUACUUUUCAAGUCAGGACGCCCUGCAGGCCCUGAAGAAUUCUGGAAUCGAAGUGAUUGUGGGAGUUCGCAACGCUGAGCUUCAGACGAUUGCAAAUGACCAGGAUGUAGCGAACAUAUGGAUGAAUGACAACAUUAAACAAUUCCAUCCUUCUGUCAACAUCAAAUACAUUGCAGUGGGAAACGAGGUGUUUUUAAAUAGAACACUCAUUUUGUAUCUCCUGCCUGCAAUGGAAAACAUUCAGAGGGCAUUGAGGAAGGCUGAUCUGCAGAACAACAUCAAGGUCUCCACACCAUACCCAACGUCCGUGUUGAACAACUCAUUUCCUCCGUCUGAGGGAACAUUUGGUGAGGAUAUGAGUGCUAUCCUUAACUUUCUAUCAGAUAAUGGCUCCCCUUUCAUGGCCCACGUCUAUCCAUACUUCAGCUACAAAAACUCCGCAGGUUCAACUUCUGCAGACUAUUCGCUGUUUAGAUCGACAAGUACUGUGGUGACUGAUGGCAAUUUAAUGUAUAACAACUUGUUCGGCGUUUUUGUCGACGCUUUUAUAUCUGCUAUGGAAAAGCUGGGACAUUCCAAUAUUCCAAUUGUAAUAACUGAAAGUGGGUGGCCCACUGCAGGCAAUGCCGUGGCUACUGUGGACAAUGCCCGAACUUACAACAACAAUCUCAUCAAGCAUGUUUUGUCAAAUGCAGGAACACCAAAGAGACCUGGAACGACAAUUGAGACAUAUAUUUUUACACUGUUCAAUGAGAAUCAGAAGACUGGGGCUGAGGCGCGCCAUUUUGGUCUGUUUGAUACCACUAAAAUUCCUGUCUACCCUAUGGACUUCCUAGCUGAAAGUUCUGUUUACCCUCCGCUCAGCUCACCUGAAAGUUCCAAGGAUUUAAAAGUGGUUGCAGUUUCGAUCAAUGGAGUUUAUACAAGGUCGUAUAAUUGCCGAUUGACAGCUCCACCUACCAUGAGAAUGGCCCGUUGGAUGGUUUCACUAUUUGCCCUGAUGUGUUUUGGGAGUGCUAACUGCUAUGCUUGUUUUGCAAUACUAUGGUGCAAAGAUAGGAGUAUGCUAUGGAAUGCUUUCAGACAAUUUGCCUUCUCACGAGGAGGUGGUGAAUCUUUUGCAGUCAAGCAAUAUAGAAAAGGAUGUAGCGAACGGGUGAAUGACAACAUUAAACCAUUCUGUCCUGUCCACAUCAAAUACAUUGCAGUGGAAAACGAGGUUUUUGCAAAUAGAGCAUACGUUUCAUAUCUCGUGCCUUCUAUGAACAAUAUUCAGAAGGCAUUGAGUAACGCCAAUUUGCAGAACGACAUCAAGGUCUCUACACCACACGCAACGUCCGUGCUGUACAAUUCAUUUCCUCCCUCCAAGGGAACAUUUGGUGAGAAUAUGAGUGCCAUACUUAAGUUUUUGUCAGAUAAAUACCCUCCUUUCCUGGCCAGUGUCUAUCCAUACUUUAGCUACAAAUACAACAGAGAUUGA